UUUACCAACAUGAAAGCAAACGACUUUCAUCGUUGUGUGCACCACUGAUCAGUGAUCCUCCUUCAGUCCUUGUGUAAUAACAAAUCUUAAUAGUUUACAGAUUUACCAAACGAGUUAUGUCGGAGCAGUAUUUAAGAAACGCCCUGGCGAAGUACCGUUAUGCAGACAUAGCGAAGAGAGAUGUUACAAAUCUGACCCGCCAGUUUCCUGACCUAAAACCGAAACUGGAUAAUUAUAUUUUCACAGAUGGAGCACAAAAGGAACUGUUGCAACUAGAAGGAACUAUCCCUGUAAAUUACAAAGGCACUACGUACAAUAUACCGGUGUCUAUUUGGCUGGUAGAUACCCACCCCUAUAACCCACCCAUGUGUUACGUUAAACCGACCAGCACCAUGCUGAUUCGGCCUUCUAAGCACGUGGAUGCUAAUGGGAAGAUUUAUCUGCCUUAUCUUCACGAGUGGAAACAGCCAGCUUCAGACGUGGUUGGUUUGGUACAGAUCAUGUGUAUUGUGUUUGGAGAGAUGCCUCCUGUGUAUUCAAAGCCAACUAGCAGUCCUCAGUCUUCAUACUCACAGCAGCAAGGACACACAGGUUACCCAACUGGACAAGGUUACAUGCAGAUGCCACAGCCAGGCCAACCAGCUGGACAGUACAAUCCGGGCUACCCAACUCCCUACUCGAACUAUAAUCCACAACAGUACCCUGGGUCGUCAGGUUACCAGCAGCCACCAGCGGGUUAUCCUGGUUACACACCGAGCAGCAGCGGCCAAUCCCCCGGUUACCCUGGUGCAACACACCAGCAGUCUAGUCCUUACUAUGCUGGUGCGGGCACAGCAGCUACUGGAAACACAAAUACGGUGACAGAAGAACAUCUUCGUGCGUCCAUCCUUUCAGCUGUGCAAGACAAGAUGCAUCGCAGGCUAAAGGAGGUGUUUGCACAAGCACAGGCUGAAAUGGAUGCAUUGAAAAAAACACAGGAAGAUUUGAAUAAAGGGAAGGAUAGGUUGGAGCAGAUUAUUAACAGUCUAGAGGAAGAACAGGUGAAGGUAGAUCAAAACGUAGUGCUGCUGAAGGAGAAGAGUGAAGAGCUGAAAAAGCUGCUAGGCAAGAUGGAGGAGCAGGAACAAGUGGACAUUGACGAUGCUGUUGUCACGACUGCGCCACUCUACAAGCAAAGCGGAGAAGUUUACUUGAAGCAUGUCAGGGAACUCUCUCGAGAACAGUUCAUGCUUCGAGCCCUGAUGAAGAAGUGCAGAGAUAAGGCUGGUCUUGUUGAGGUGACCCAACCGAUGCGGUUCUAACUUGUAAACCAGGUGGUGCAGCUCGGCACAGUCACUCUGCCAGUGAUGUUUGCCUCUUAGAUAAUGGAUAUAUCUAAUGUCGCACAUAGGACUGUAAGAUAUUUAUGAAUUAUGAGGUUGUAUGGUGUGUAUCAGCUGCCACGGAGUCUACUAUUAACAUAAUCAGCGCUAGGCAGAUUUGCAAUUAAAGUUUUGUGGCACCACUCGUUGUUAUGGAAUUAAUUUGAAAUAUUGCUUUUAUACGUGAAUCACUAUGAAUUUUUUGUUGAGUAUAGGUUUUCUAAGAAAUGUUGCUAGUUUUGUCUUAUAUAUGGGUGAAUUUAUAUAUCUAGGCUGCAGACCACCCAGUGCUCUUCUCUGAAAAGUAAAUUAAUGGGAAUGGGGAAACUUGGGUUGAGAGUAAACUAUUUACAUUUUGCUUAGACAUUCUAAUGUGAUCACAGCUACACAUGGUGUUAGGUACAUCUAAUGUGAGUUGGUGCAACUGUGAAUCAAUAGUAAAACAUUUUACUGGAAAACAAAUUUUCAUUUACAAUGCAUGUAUUAUUUUCCCGUAUACUGUGCUGUCACAUUAUUUGUAGGAAUUGUAUGUAUCUGACAAAGGGCGUAUCUACAUAAAUCCACUAUUUGCGUUAGCAUUAUACAACAAUACGUACUGGCUGUACACGAACAUAAUAUAGGAAUACAUCAUAUAGGAAUUAUCAAACGUGUUUACCAAAUGCAUUAAGUGGUAUCAAAUCAUAUUUGUGAAUUCUGUGAUUCAUGUUGGAUUAGCUGAAAGAGUAUAUAGCGUGGUACGCAUGAGUAUUCAUUUAGACUGGGCAACCCUGUGCAAAUUGUUGUCUGCAUAACGCUGCAUACAUUAAAUUACAUAUUAUUGUAGUUUCCAUUAACGGCUGUAAAUGUGGCACGUGUAAUGUGUCAGCACUAUAUAAGUGUGUGUGGUGGUACAACAAAGAUGUUUGCGUCUACACAUAGCAGGAGUAACAGUUUUCAUAUCUGUAAAAAUGGAGUAAUGAAGUCAUGCCUUUCGUUAACCUUGAUAUUUUUAACUAGUUAUAAAGAAAAUUCAUAUAUCAGAAUGACAUUUUGCUUGUGUUGGGUUCUUUAUGACUAGAUUUCAUGUAAGUAUAUAUAUUGUUGCAUAACCAACUGAUGUCAGUCAACCAUACAGCUGUGAACACUAUAGGUGUUGUUUAGUUCACCAGGUGACAUGCUGUGACAGCUUUCACACUUCAUGCCUUGGGAAGCAGGUCUUGUCACCGCUUGUUGAUAUUUUUAACAUGUAGUAAAUAUUGUCGGAUCAGAAUAUGUGACAUGUGCGUGCGUGCGUGCGUGCAUGCAAACAUAUUUAUAUUCCUCGUAUAGGUGAUAAUUUAAAAGUAAUGAGAACAGGUCUUGCUCUUGUUAGAGGGUAUCAUAAUUAUUAUUUGAAUGCCACUUUUGUUCACUGAAGGGCUGCGGCUGGUCUGAUUAUUACUGAUGUGGCUGUUUAUGAUUAUGUGCGUUAUUCCGAUACUGACUGCUUUAUGUUAGUAAUAAAAAUGUUUAUAAUGCAAAUAACGGAAUUAGAGAAGAUUAGAAGGCUUAUAUUGUAUAAUGAUUACGUCAAUGUUAAGCCGAUUGUGAGAACCUGCCGAAUAUUGUUUGUGAAAACAAGAAAUGAUGCGUCUUUUUUAUGAUACUCUGGUUACAUGUUUUUUGGAUAGAUCUUUUUCUUGUUAUGUUAUUGGUCGUCAGUGUGGAGUUUAUGCAGCAAGUGACCUAGAUUUCCACGCACACGAAACACUGCUGUUACAAUUUAAACAGUCCUGUAGCAAAUGCACGUGCCGGUUUUUGACAGAAUUUCCAUCUGAGAACACCUGAACAACAGCGUACAUACAAUAAUAAAUAGUUAUUCAAACUCA